GGAAUACCGCUGAAAUGCGUAACGUAGUCGUAGUCGUCGCCGUCGGCCCAUCGACUGCUGGCAGUGCUGGCCCGUCGGCCGUCGCGGCGCUCGUCAGGCUCCUCGUUGCACGAUUGUCGUCGUAAUCGAGAAUCGAGCUUUCUGCGGAUCUACUUACCGCGAUGUAACGAAACACGAAAUCGAUCUAUCGAUCCACCCCAGACGUCCACCCGCCGCCACCCGCGGUGCUUCACUACUAGACCGCGGUGCGGCGCGACGCUAGUGAAGUAUGGCGGGUGGCGGCGGGUGGACGGUGUACGUGCGGUGGAUCGCCGAUCGAUUUUGUGUCUCGUUUCAUCGCGGUAGAUAGAUCCGCAGGGAGUUCGGUUGCGACAAUCGUGCGACGAGGAGCCGCCGCGAUACGCGUAUUUCGUUGAUCGACGAGCGACGGGACAGCAGUCGACCGGUCAGCAGUCGAUGAGCUAAUGGCGAUGACACAGCAACUACGCAACACAUUUCGACGGGUGCGAACCGCUCGCUCCGAUCUCGCCGUGUGUAUCUCGGUACGUACGAGUCGGUUGUUUAUGUUACAGUGCCGUGUGUAAGGUGACGAUUGUCCCGAGACGUGUGUGUUUACUCUUCGUCGUGCGCCGAGCGAUUAAAGGUGCUCGCUUUCUCUGCCAACGGUCGUUUCUCGCCCGAUUCUCCUCGGCGUGAGAUGUGAACUUAGCGAGGGAGAGCCUGUCUCGCCGCUAGCUUCGUACCGUUCGUACACGUAUCCCUUCGUAUGACGUCAUCGAUAUCGCGCGGUGGGUUCUCUUUGUACGUACGUCCGAAUUUUCGCGAGUAACCUGUAGUGAGAUAAACGUUCGGAUGAGACAGCGAGAUCGCUCGGAGUAUUGUUGUUACGGGACGGGAGAAAAUCAAGGCUAAUUUAUUCCGCGCGAAUCACCGCGACCUGCGUCCAACCAACGCAUUGCGCAGUAGCUCGCGUGCUAUCGCCGAUGUCGAACAGCUUGUCUUACAAUUAGAUCCAGGAUACGUAGAUCGAAAAUUCCGUCGGAACGUUUAUUUCAUUGUCGCGCGAGUUGAUGCGUACACGCGUCUACUUCCGAAUUUUCGUGUGCGACAAUGAAAUAAACCGUUCCGACGGAAUAUCGAUCUACGCAUUCUAGAUAGAUCAUAACCUCGCGCGGUCGUGUGUCCCUUUUGCUACGUGAUGUGUCGCUUCGCCGGUCAACAAAGUUACGUCAACAGAGUGUCGCGCGUUGCUUCGAUAACUAGCGCACGAUCGUAAUUAAUCUCUGUUCGGUAGUGUUGUGUUGUGCAUUUACGGAAAGUGAGAGGAAGCCCCGGGAGGCAUCAGACAACGGCAGUGCCCUACCUGUGAUUAAACGACACAACGUUAUUUGCGGUCCAAAGCGACGGUAAUAACCUGAAGCAUUAAUCAUCUCAGCAUCUUGUCAUCAUAUUGCCGCAGGCUACGAAGUUUUCCAGAAGCUCUCUAUCCACUUGCAGGCACACGGAUACUGAAAGUGAUUGUCUGAGCCAUGUUCGAACGGACCUACGAACAGGAUGCCGACCGCUGAGAGACACGAUCGCACCGUCCAUGCAGCCCAGGAGAAAUUAUCCCGGUUCGACACGUAGCACCAUCCUUGGUCGAGGUCCUUGGAAUUCGGUGGAAUCGUGAAUAUUACGCUACCGUGAAUCCAGAGCGAAAGAUUCCUCGAGAAUGAUACCGAGAACGGUGAGCCGGUGGCUGCUCUGCGCGGCGCUUACGAUUGCCCUGUGUCAAGGCCAGGUGGACUGGAUGCAGUGCUCGCCGUUGUACAAGUGCAAGUGCAAAUGGGUGUCCGGCAAGAAGACCGCCGAGUGCACUAGGCUGAACCUCACGGAAGUGCCGAGGAAUCUCUCGUCCGAGAUCCAGAAUCUCGAUUUGAGCUACAAUAGUAUAACUCGCCUAACUGAGAAUGCGUUCGUCCAUGUCAAACUGGAGAAUCUGCACAAGCUGUCGCUGCGCAGUUGCGGCAUCGAGCAUAUUGAUUCCCACGCGUUCAACGGCCUGAGGAUCAUCAUCGAGAUCGAUCUGUCGCAAAAUAAUAUCCACCGUCUGCAUCAGGGCACCUUCUACGAGACGCUGCGGCUACGGGUGCUGCUACUCGAUGAGAACAAGCUGAGGUCUUUGGAGAACGGCCUAUUCUUCAAUCUCACCUUCCUACAGAAAGUGUCGUUGUCGAAUAACAGAUUGGAGAGUAUCGACAACAGAACGUUUAGUAACUUGCCGGGCUUGACUUCCCUGGCGUUGAAUGGUAAUAAUUUCAGCACCCUGGAAUUACAGAGCUUUGAGAACCUGCCCAAACUCGGCAGCCUCGAGCUCCGGAAUAAUCCAUGGAACUGCAACUGCAAGCUCAAAGCGUUCCGCGACUGGACGAUUGAGCGGAAAUUAUACACAAACCCGACCAUUUGCCACCAACCGCCGCACAUGCACAAUAAAAUGUGGGACGAAGUCGGUAGUGAUGAAUUCGCCUGCAGACCGAAGAUCAUUUCCCUUGGACCGGCAGCCAAAAUUGAAAUGGGCAAAGGAGAAGUGACACUCUGGUGCAGGGCAACGGGAAUCCCAACUCCUAAGUUGUCAUGGUCGCAUCGUAACCGCGUGUUAAACAGUUUCACUAAACGCAUGAGCAGCGAGAGAGGCUACGUACUCUCAUCGAGCUACGAAUGGUUGAAUCUCACCAUUCUCGAUACGCUGCCCUCCGACAAGGGUGACUACAUCUGCCAUGCGAAGAGUCCGGGUGGCGAAGCCGAAAGAAACGUGAGUCUGAUCAUCGUGGGCGACGCACUGGGCGGCAGGGAUAACUUCAUCAGCUUGCCGCUAGCCAUCGGGCUGGGUGUCACCGCGUUGUGUUUGUUGAUCGUCACGGUAGUGCUCUGCGUGUGCUACUGUCGUCGUCGUCGCACCAGGCAUGACGAAAAGGGCCUCGAGGCAGUGUCCCUGGAGCACCACGGGCUCGGCGAACAGGAGAAGUCUCUGAUCACGACCAUCAACCCGGUUGUGAAACCGCCGAGGCGCUACGAGGCGCCAUCCGUUACGUCGCACGGUACAGAGAUGACGGAGCUGAAUCGCACGUUGCUCGACAACGACUCAGUUUUCGCUGACGGUGUCGGGAGCGGUGUCGUCGGCGGGGUAGGCGGCGGCGUAGGCGACGACGAGAGGGAGCACGAACGGGCCACGCCGGAACUCGACGGGGGCGGCAGCGGAGGUGGCCGCGGUAGCGGCGGCGGCGGCGGCAGCGGCGGCGGCGGCACGUUGCCCCGCGGAGGUACCGGUUACCACCACCGACAAUAUCCGCCGGAUCUGCUGGCCUUCUCCGGCGGUCGCGGCGCAUCGCCGACUAGCCAGGCGUCCACGGCGCACAGCACGCGUCUGCCUAGUCAGCAUAUGAUAGCACCAGUAACAACGGCGGCCUCAUCGUACGGCUCGCCGCCAUCAGGCCAGUAUCACCCGGCCGCCUUUAAGACUCUACCGCACAGCCGCAGCGUGACGCCAUUCAGUUUUGGACCGUCGUCGUCGUCGUCAUCGAUGGCGCCGGUGCUACCACGUCACGGUUACGUGACGAUUCCGCGGCGACCGCGGGCGCCUAGCUGGAGCAGCGGGCCCCCAACGUCGCCCACCGAAGCUCUCGAGCCAGUUUAUGACAAUCUAGGACUACGUACGACAGCGGAUGGCAGCUCGAUGUUGUCACUCAAUAAGAGUCCGGAGCCAGCGCCGUCGUCUAUGAGGGGUCGGCCGCUUCCGGGCACACCGGGAGGCUCGCACUACGGCACGAUCCAACGUAGCACCCCGAACAUUCUGACGGGCAGUCCGCUGGAUCGGGCGGCGCCGGAAGGCGCGGCCGAAUGGUCGUUCAAAUUAGCGGACGAGAGCAUGGACGGUGGUUUGCUCCUGGCUCAGCAGCAACCGCAGCAACAGGCCGCCACGAGCAACACCCUCGGCAGGAAGAUACCGCCGAGACCGCCGCCAAAACCCAAGAAGAAAUCCGCCAACGGACCGACGCUGUACGAGGACGAGGGCGAGGACGGAACGGAAGUAUGAUACCGUGGGCAUCGUCCGCAAUGAGGACGACUGGUCGUGGUGCGCCACGAUGGGGCGUGCGUGACCACACUUACAAUAAACCGGUAGUGCCUUUCGAGAUGCGCGUCUCGCGCGCGCGAGACUUCCACUUCGUUCGACGAGUCGCGGUCGGGAGGAUGAAGGAAAUACGAGGAGACUUUGAGAGGACUUGCAGGACCUACGAAUGGACACGAGCGGUUCGCCGAAACCGCUGACGAUGACAUUUAGAGCGAGACACGCCGAUCGGACAUUCGUGUCACCUAUCCACUUUUUCCAACUUUCCCUUCCUGUAAGUUACCUUGUAAGUUAUUUAUUGAACAUUUACGAAGCGCCCAAAGUAUCCGAAACCAGUAAAUCGUGAUCCGCAUGAAUUAUUUUCUGGACGAGCUGAUCGUCAACCGAGUGUUGUCCUCUUUUGUUCCUCGUCUCCUUCUAUGUAUUUUUUUCUUUUUUUUUCCUUUUUUUUAUCAGGUUCCUUUAGCGUUUUAUUUGACGCUCGCCGUGAGGUGAUAACGUGAUAAAUGUGAAUAAGGUUCCGGACAUUGCCGCCGGUAUUAGUCGAUAAGGCAAAACCUAUUUGCGUUUUGUGUGAAAUUUACGCGAAGCACGAAGCAACUGGAAGUGCUGAAACGCGAGUCGUUCCGCGAAGAGCGAUACCAGUGAAUUCGUCUUCUAUUCGUGUUGCCCCGUAAUGGGAAAUCGCGAUCGUUACGGCACGAUUCGCGUGUAUAGACGGAAGUGUUAAGGUUUCAGAGGCAAGGCAAACGUUUUGCACAUGUUACAUUUAUGCGGUAAACACGAUGAGAAUUUAACAUUGUUAAGAAUCUAUCUAGCUGUUAUACGCCUGUCGCGUUCGUUCCUUUUUUUAACAUUAAAAUUCCGACGCCUGCAUCGAAAUCGUAGCGAGACUCGUUGCAUUCACAAGCGACACGAACUCUCGUACUAAGCUUACGCCGAAAAUGGCGUAAUGAUCUGUGUCCCUUCUCUCCUUCCGUAAGGGCAUCGUUAGACCGUGCUCGUAGAUCCGUAGAGGUAUCCCGUAUUCUGUCAGCGACGCUUGUAUCUUAACCCUAGGUGUAUACCUACAAUGUAUACUCUGAGGUACUCUCCAAGAUCCCAGAGUGAAAUUUCGAAAUUCUAUUAUCGGUAGAAUUAGUAAUUGAGGGAUCAUGUUUUUCGACAUUUAUGAUUUUAAACUAUACGGAAAGAACUAUUUUAUUAUAAUAUUUAAAAAUUUAGCUAGAUACAAAUAAAAAAAUUUUUAUGUUGAACUAUCAAAAUUAUUAUGUAUGACGUUCAAACAUGAUACUGCUGCAAAAAAUUUUGACGUUCUAGUAAUCAGCUUAAACAUCCAAUAUAUAUUUUUUAAUGGUUCAACAUAAUUAUUUUCAGAUCUGUGUUUCAGCAAAAUUGUCCUUUUUUGUGUAGUUUUGAGUGAAUGGACGUAUUUUUUAUAAUUCGUUUAUGAUUGUGAUUAAAAAAAAUUUAAUCACAAUUCAAUCACGGUAAUUUUCUCGAGCACUAUGAUGAAAAGAUUGACGGGGCGGUAAUCACACAGAAAGAACGAUCUUGCUGAAGUAUCUAAGAAUUCAGCUAGAUAUAGAUCUGAAAGUAAUUUUGUUGGAUCUCAAAAUAAUCACGAAGGGUAGUUAACCCUUUGUUUGCAUACAGGGAUGAACUCGCAUUUUUUUACAGCUGUUAUUUUUUUUUAACGCCGGGUUUCAGUUUAAUGGAUUUUUGAUUAAUAUAACGAUGUUUUUCGACAUAACACUGAAGCAAAGUUAUUUCUCACUCUUUUUUCUUCAAAUUGAACAAAAAAUAUCAAAUUUUAUUGUAAGCGGAGUUGUGAGCCAAAGUUGUGCGGUGCGAAUUCGCAUUUGCGUGCCACGUAAAGUCGCGAAAGCUGUAUGCAAACGAAGGGUUAAGCAUAACGAGUAAUGCCGCAAAAAAUUUGAACAUUCCCGCAACCUCGAUUAGUGCAUUACUAAUUACUUUAAUGAUCUAACAAAAUUACUUUCGGGUCUGUAUCCAGCUAAAUUUUUAAAUAUUUUAGCAAAACCGUGCUUUCCGUGCACGUAUACGAGAAGUAAGUGUGUACACCUAGAGUUAAAUCACCGACAGGUAUAUCGUUUGCGAUAUUUACAGCGCCAACGUGAAUUGAUCGUGUAUCAGCGUAUCUCGCAAAUACCGCAAACGCAGCACGGAAUACCCUCUGCUAUCUAUACAACGGUGCCACUUUGUAUUAUGUUAAAUGGAUAAUUACUAUCUAUUACAGCAAUUGUAUAAAUCUAUAAUAGAUGUAAGUGCUGCGAUGACACUCGACGCGCGUUUAAAGUUAUAUGAAUAGGUCGUAUUGCGAUGUACGACGUGAAAACGGUGUACGAUAAAAAAAAAGGUAAUGUAAGUGACACUGUCGAUACUAAUUGCACGAACACCCGUGACCUUUGAAAUUCGCGUGAUUCAUUAUCGUCGGGAUGACCGAGUGGUCGGAAUAACUGCGUAUUUUGUAAACGAGACCAAUUUGGCGCCGCGCUGCCCGAUUGGUCCCCGCCACCGCCAUCCGUAACUAACCAUGGAUAACACCGGAAAAAAGUGACCAGUUUAUGAUGUGUGUAUAUGUACAUAUAUACGUACUCCUCUACCGAUCCAAAUUCACUUCGGGACUUCAAAUUAAUUGAACGUUACGCGCGGUGCGUUCCAAUUAGCAACAAUUACGGCUCGAUUGUUAACAACUGCGCCAUAUCCGCGCAUAAUAUCCGCGCGCAAAAAUUAUUGACCAGGGUGUGUACACGCCUGAACACGAUCGCGAGUUGUCUAAAAAAAAAAAAAAAAAAAAAAAAACCAGGAGUGCGGAUGUGACGCGCGGACGGGACGAAGCCGUUAGACGGACAUGAUUUAAAAAGAUGACGAUAUUACGACGCGUCGCGAACGGCGACGUUGUGAGGAGCAGAGUUCAACGUGUCCCCAUUUCGAGAAACAUUCGAUCGUUACAAUUCUGCCGUCGACGACAAUAUAUCGUAAAGUAGAACGUCCAUGCGAGCUAUAUAUCAUCGCCGAGCGAACGCGUACGGACUUAUGGUCCCGAAUGCCUGAUGGCCGAUAAAUCGUCUUUCCUUGAAAACUGGAAAACAUGCGACUCGUCGUCGCGAGGAGAACCGCGACAUGUCGCGCCGCACGGCCGGUGCGGCGGCGCAUUUUUCUUUCACGAGUCGAAGUUAAUACCUCUUCGAACGUGGAACUCAUUCGAGUUCGCUUCUCACUUUUUUCCCCUGCCUCUAUCGCGAUGCGAUUGCCGCGAUAUGAGAACAAGCGACCCUUCUCCUCGCGGUGCUUCCAUUAUCUUUCGCGCUAGUUAACGCCGUCGAUCCGCCGCGCCGGGAACAUCUGGCUGCGUUACAUCGUGAUAAGGGCUUUACGUGCGCUUUACCACCGCGCACACACAUGAACGGCCGCCCCGCCCGCUCGGCGAUAUUUCACCCGAGGUAAGGGUAGGCAGGGAACGUUCUUUAACUGCGAAUUUAUCGCCGGCGAGCCAUCCACUCUUUAUGCUUUUGUUACCUUUUUAUCCUGGGAGAUUAACGUUCUCCCUUUCUCUGGCUUCAGCAGGGAUUUCGAAUUGUGUACAACUUGUUGCGAUCACGCGCGCCGGCGUCGGCGACAGCAGCGGAGAGCGAUCGGGGAAACCCAUUUCGAAUGAAUCCCACGCGAACUUGACUUACCGUCGGACGACGCCUGAAUUCAAAGGGGCUGUCGGCGAUCAAGCUCCGGGUUGUCUCCUGGGCGUCGACGGCGCGCGGCGACUCAGAUCACAACGCCGCGCGCCGCUCCGGCAAAACAGCACCGAGUUCCACUCCAUAAAUGCAACGCACGGAAUCGUGUCGCGAUACACGAAGUACCUACGGGAAGAAACGCGCUUUAUCUCGAUUGUAAACUCAGCGCGAGAGCCCGCCUCUUCUUCCCUCGUGCAUUCGCGCAAGAAGGUUUCGAUUUAUUAAAUAUUCUCAGCACUUUUUCGAACGCGAAUUGAAACGAGAGGAUUACCUUACACAAAUGCUUCGUCUCGAAUAAGGGAAGGUAAAAAGAAAAGUUUCAGCGUCUAUCAUCACGCACCCUGCGAUUUCCACGAUCGAAGUUUGAGGCUGUUACUCGGAUGUCAUUCGGAUAGCAAUAUGCGAAUAUUUUAAUCCUCUGCACACUCUUGUUUUUUGCACUUACUCUACCACAGGAUGGUCGUAUCGUAUAUUUGGGUUUAUUUUACAAGUAUAAAAAAUUUUUUCUAAAAAAAGGACGCAUAAAAUUUAAUGCGUCCAGGCAGUAUUUCGACGAUUGUUUAUUUUUAAAAAAUUGUGAAUACAUAUUAUAACUCGAGGUUUCCCAAACUGGCAUGAACCGCGACCCACUUUUUAAAACUGCAAACAACCGCGACUCAUCUGGCUUUAGUAGAUGAAAAAGCACGGGAGAGAAUGGUAAAUUGAUUACUUAUUUAUACGCUGCUAAAGAUUUAUAUCAUGUUGCUCCUUUUUAAUGUUUUAUUGAAUACAAUUUUGUAAAUCUAUUUUUGUAAUAUAUAAUGAGAUAUGAAACUGUAAAGAAUACAAAGAAUAUUUCCUAUUUUUGUUUAUGACAACUUUGACGGCGACAUAGAUGCAAAUCAUUUUCACGCACAAGAAGUUUGAUAGUUGCGGUUUAUUGUGAAAUUUGCUUUUAAUUUCAUUGCUGAAAAUUUUUUCGCCACUAACACUUUGGGAAAGUGUUAUAACUAAUUAUUGUUCUUAAUCCUAAUUUAUCGUCUCGUUAUUUAUUAAAUAAUUUAUAGAUUCAUUAAUAUUUAUUUAAUUUUUUCAUGGAUUUAUAUUCCAAAUGAUUGAUCUAUGAACGUCAGUCAGUCAAUUAAUUACGCUUUCAAUCAAACAUUGAAAAUUAUUUACGACUAUAAAUUUCGGCUUCAAAGUUAAAAAAGAAAACUCGCAGGAUACAAAUGAUCCCACCGUGUGUACAGAGGAUUAAUUUAAUUUAGCGAAAUGAAUUUCUUCCAGUUCUUUUUUUUUCUUGUCCUCUUUCCUUUCUUUCCGAGCUAUUCUUUCCAUUUCGCGACGAUGGUUCUCCGACUUUGAGAUUGAUUCGCGGACGCAUAAAGUGCGACGGUCGUCAGGAGCCAUCCCUCUUCCCUUCGUCUCCAAAAACCGGGCUUUUCGUGCCCGGAUUACGCCAAACAGUAUUAAGCGCCCGACGACUGCGGACUCGGGCGCAAAGAUGACAGACGUCCGGGUGAGACGCGACGGAGAAAAUAGCGGCGCGGUCGUGUCGCCUCGAUUUUUCGCCCGCGCCGCGCCGCGAAAAUCGACGAGCUCGACGACGACGACGACGACGGCUAUUGCGGCAUGUUACCGUCUAGCUCUCGUCGCGCGAGAAAAAUGUUCGGUCGCGAUGCGCCGCGACAGCCUGAGAAACGUUCCCGGUUUCUCGUAGGCCAGUGCCAACCGAUUUUUCCAUCCACGACGAUUUUUCUCGUCCCCCUUGUCCCCCAUCCAUUUCUCCGUGAUCGUCGAAUCAAUGCUACGCGCGUCAACGUCGUUCCCUCUCGUGUGCUUUUCCCUUCUCUUACUCCCAUAAGACGUGUGUCGCGCAUACCAGAGGAAGAUUGCGCUUUCUCUCGUGGCGCGCGCGGAAAAAAAAAAUCGAGCUCGCACGAUCGGAGAACAGUAUUUUACAAGCGGCCUAGCACAGAGUCGCGGCUCGCCCAGCUCGACCACCGGCCGUGCCGUGCCAUGUAUAUACACUCUCUUUCCCAUCUUUCUCUCGCCCUUCCCUCUCUAUCGCACCCUCUAUCCGUACGGCUGUCUAUAUUGUAAAUGACACACGAUGGAAACCCCGCACGGUACGGGUCCGGUCGUUAACCGGCGCCACGAGUAUAUUUUUGUAAUUUUGUAUUUUGCAUCACGCGCCUUUCUCCGCACCGGACCGGACCGGAGGUCCGGCGACGUCUCACCCGGCCGAUUGCCCGGAGAAUCGAUCUCGUUUGUCGAUGCCCCGUCGUUCAAUCCCUCAGGAUACAUUCGCGAUGGGGAUAACGCGGACAGAUUCACGCACGCGUUCCAUUUAACACUGUGCGAAAGUGCUGCGCGCAUCCGACAGUUAACGAAGCGAAUGUACGUACGUCAUACCCGGCAUCGGCGAUAAUUUAUUGAUUGUCGCAGAGUGUACCCUGAAUUGCGAUUGCGAAACCGUCUCACCUAUGCGUCCCACGCCGCGGAUGUUCGACACCGAUCGAUCACGGGACCGUGUAACACCUAUCUCGUCUAUUUCAAAUGCCAUUGACCGCACGUAUCUUUCGUACAAACCCCCUUUUCCACUCUCUCUCUCUUCCCCCUCGUAACGAGGAACUUAUUAAUCCUUGACAACGAAGUAAUCGUUUAAAUAACUUUUUAUUUUUAUUCCGAGGAUAACCGAGAUCCUCAAAUAAAACCCCUGAAAUGUCAUCGAAGCAAUCGAACGUUCAAUUCAAAGUUCUCUUUAUUUUUGUACAUAAUGUGAAAUCCGAUGGGUCUGUUUUAAAUUAUUCUCCAGUUAUCGUAGAUAUUCUAAUUUUCAUUUGCUGAAGAUUUUACGUUCGGAUAUAAUUACGUUUCCAAGAUAUGCGGUUCUCCGUUUAUCGCCGGAGUAAAAAAGGACAUGUAUUGUCCAGAGAGUCGACGCGCAUAGUCGGGGACAAAAUUAAAAAUGCGAUUUUGCACGAACGAAGGCCGACAUCGUUGAACACUUUCAGCGAUAUCGCGAUGUUGUGUCGCGAAUUCUCAGCGCUCAAUUAUCUAUCCAACUGCCAACUACAACGCAAUGUCGUUUGCGUGAUAUUUCAUAUAUCGUGCACGCACACUCCUCGCUUCCAAUGCCCUUCGAUUUGUACGUGCUCGCGAAGUGUAACGGUAAUUUACAUUAAAAUAGGAGGUAAUUUACGACUGACACAAGCAAGCUCAUUUAGGCUGCUCCCGUUUUGUACGUGCUGCACACACAGCGGGGAGCUUGAUCGAAAUUUUUGUCGAAAUUAAUAGUAUUAAUGUCAUUUCAAUAAUUUUAAUAUAUUCGCAUAUUACGCAUAUCAUUAAUAUCAUUUAUAUAAUUUUAAUGCUAUUGGCUAUUAAAAUUGUUAAAUGCUUUCGACGAUUUAGAUUGGUUGUAUAUUUUAUGAUGAAAAUUGUUAAUUAUUAAAGUUAUUAAAUAUUUUGAAUAAUUUUAAAAUUUGUGCCAGAUGCCCCGAUUUCUUAUAUACAAACGUUUGCUCUUACGAAAAAGAUGAACGCGAAUAUAUUAAACUUACCGAUAUGACGCUUCAAUUUCUGCCAAUGAGCGGUCAAUCGAAGGUACCGUCCAAUAUAGAUCGGUCCAACUCGCAAUCUUCCGAGCAAUUAUUUACGGAUCUAAUUAGAACACACUUUUUAUAAGACGCGUGCGUUUCGUAGUGUAUAGUUCAGUGAAAACGUUCCGUACAGACCUAAAGCGUAUCACGCCAAGUAUUCAGCAUUUUGCAUUUAUUGCAACAUUCCGAAGAAUGAUUUUGUACUCUGCAAUCGCGAUAUACAAAACGGUCACACAUAUUCCAACGAGCUGCGCGCAGUUUCGUUUCUUCGAAUCAAAUAGGGUUUUAGAGAAGACAUUUAGGAAAAGACGUGAAUUCUUUAGAGUAUACGCAUCUUUAAAUUAAACGCAUUCCUGACACACGGGCAUAUGUACGUAGAAACGUUCAGAUUUUUCACCUGCAUUUAUUGCAAAUUCCUUAUACUUACCAUAUUGAAUUUUUGUCUCGCACUCCAAAUAAAUUCAUAUUAUUUUUUUAUAUAACGUGCGAAGUAUUCGGUGACUGACUUAAUUGUUCUCGUCUCUCAAGACUGACAAUCUUAGAAUUAGGGCAGUGUCUUCUGGUUUUACGUACAUUACGGACACAGUCUUCUCGCUAUUUCUCGAUAGAAGAGGAAUUGCAUUUAUAUCAGGUAAUGCGCAAUGCCAUCGUGAAUUUCGCCUAAGUUAACUUUUACAAGAUACGCUACGUGAAACUGGGUGUUCCUUUCUCAAUGAAAUAAUUUGUUAAUCCAUAUAUAUUUAUACAGUGAAAUUUGUAAACAUGAAUAAUUAUCAUUAAUUAACAUCGAUUGAAGCCAAAUCGAACUACGUUCGUUUGCUUCUAUUAUUACUUGUUACAAAACGAUCGUGGUUUAUUAGUUAAUAUUAGUUAAUAAGCCGUUUGUCGAGCGCAUAAACAAUUGUUAAAACUGCCUAAUUGCUGCACCUACUGGCGCUAAAUCUCGAUGAAGGAAGAACGUAACGUGUACGAGUUAAAUAAAAACAUACAAAGUACAUGCACGAAAACGCCGCUAAUAUAUAAAUAACAAUUCUGUUGACGCAUGUUGAACACUAAGGAUCGCAUCUAACUCGUUGCCCAACGAGCAUCUCUCUACAGAAUCGUGAAUCAAAAAAAAA